AUGCCACCAACCCAUCGACCUUUCUAUGACUAUUGGCGCCAAGUUGAGACGGAUGCCACGGUCAAGGUCAAGCAUCAUAAGAGCAGUAUUGACCAACAUGCUAGUAGAUGGCCCGCUGUUCCCCACGAGAGACAUGCAAUUGAUCCUCUGUGGCGUCUCCUCUGGCGACGUCUGAGAGUAGUCCCAAACGUUGACCAGGGAACUUGGCUUCAUUUGUCAACCAAAGACUAUGACUGGCCUACAUCUGACAUAUAUGGCAAGAAGUGGCUUCAAAACCAAUUCUCGACUUCAUUCGGCAUGGUGAUUCUAGAGAUACAGGAGCGUUUAAUGGACUUCCUUGUCAAAUGUUGCCAUCAAAUUCUUCACGGCAUCGAGCCAGAUAAUCUGUUCCGUGAUGUUUAUUCUGUUCAGACUGAGCCAGAACUCCCCCUGAAUACCCAGACCCAGGGGAUACAAACGUCCCUGCUCGAGAUAACUGUCGAACCCCCCUACCGUGUUCCGACUUGGCUUGGCUUUGCCAACCUUGAAAAGCUAUUUGCGGCCAAAGUCGCGGCUGCAGAGGAUCAUGUUUGGGCGAUGCGCGAGGAUCCCAAUUAA